CAGUCGAGCCAAUGUGCUGAAUAAGGUAGAGUAUGCGCAACAGCGUUGGAAACUUCAAGUUCAAGAGCAGCGAAAAUCCGUCUUUGACCGUCAUGUUGUCCUCAGCUAAUUGGGAAUCAAAUUCAAGGUGGUUUCUCCGAAGGCCAUGGAAUCAUCCGCAGAGCCUGGGAUGCCUUUGCCCAAAUACUGCAGCGUGGCCACAGCCCUGGAGGCCCCUGCCUGGGCCAGCACUGCUCCUCCCUGGGACCUCUCCUUUACCUGCCCCUUUGCCCUCCGAGCACCCUGGCACAAACCUCUCACCAGAUGUUCAUGUUAUCACCCAAAUCUCCACAUUGCAGACCCAGCGUGGCAGGGACCUGGCUGGCUGGGAAGAGUUAGAGAUGCCGCUGACACAUGGGUCUUGGCAAGAAGGGAACCAGAUGGCUUUUAUUACUGGGCUCGGAUAAAGGCGGUGCCAGAGCUGGAGAGGCAGGGGGCCCUUCUUGUGGAGUUUGAUGCUCCCUUUGCCACAGGCCCAAAGCUGCCAGCCCCAUGGCAGAGCGUGGUCUUAGGAGAAGAUGUCAUUCAGUUCUCACCGUUCACGGACUAUUCACUGCAACCUGGAGACAAGGUGCUGGCACCCUGGGAGCCAGACCAACAGCGGUAUGGCCCCGCCACUGUCUUAGGCUUGGAGGCAAGAGAGCCCCAGAGAGCCUCCAAAGAAGAAAUUACAGUUCACUUCUGGAAUGGCAAGACAGCUACAGUGCCUCUAGGUGGGGUCAGGUGGGUGUCCCCAGCUGUCUGGAAGAAGGCUGUGGAGAGGCUAAACAAUCCUUUCGUCAGGGAGCACCCCAGUCCUCUCCUCUGGGCCCCUUGCUGCUCUCUACUGGGGCCGGUCACUGGAUGUGUCACCUAUGGGCUUCCACUGGGCACCCCGUUCCUGUGUCCUCCCUGCCACCCCAUCUGCUGCCAGCUGCUGUGCCAGGGCGGCCUCUGCUGCUGCCCCUUGGCUGGAUCCACCUGGUGGCCUGUCCCCAGAAGCUCAGGGGUCACAGCCAGAGGACACCCAGAGACGGAGCUGAACCCCACGGCACAGCUUUUGCCCCUAGAGGGUCCUAAAGAGGAGGAAGUAGCGGUGCAAGCUCCCAUGGCUGUUUUUCCGUCGUCGUCCUCUUCUAAAGAAGAAGCUUUGGAGAAGGAUCUGGAGAUGGGCUUCCGGCAGAGGCUGACGGGGGACGCCACCCUCCCUGGGAAGUCCCUGAGGAGGCAGGGCGGCCUCUGCCAGCCCGAGUGGAGGUACUGGAGGAGAACCGGGCCUGAGCCACAUCCGGGGAAGUCAGGAACAAGAUGUUGCAAUAUUCAGAAAGAAGAGACGGGCAACAAACGGCAGAGACAACACACUGUAGUAGUGGGGAAUACCAAGGAACUGGUGCUGGAGGCAACCAACAUGAAGCCACUGCAGAUCCUGCCAGAGGAAACUGAACAGAGAAAACCGAGUCAGCGUGCUACGACAUGUCAGAGGGACCAGAAUUCCUCUUAGAUGAACAGCCUAAGGAUCUAGGAAGCUGAAGCGUAGUGGUGGGAAAUACCUGAGGAGGAGUUACAAAGUGGCUGCCAAAGCCUUCUUCAGUGGAAGGAGGUAGAGUGCAGGCCAUAGAUGAUAGUCAAAUAAGCAGCAGCAUCUUCAACCCA